CUCUACACCGCACCCUUCUCCGGCUGCAGCGCCCGAAUCCGGAUCAUCUCACACCUAAAAUCCAUCCCUCUAACGCACCACACCAUAGACUUCACCACCUCACAACAAACAUCUCCAGACUACCUCUCCGUCAACCCCAACGGCAGCGUCCCCUCUCUAGUCGUCGAAACUGCUUCUGAAAGCUUUACAAUCACACAGUCACCCGCUAUUAUUGACUUCCUAGAAUCCCACUUCCCUGAUCUACCGCUGGUCCCGGUUGGGAAGGAGAAAUGGAAAGAAAGAGCUAGGGUUAUGGAGUUAGUGAGUUUGGUGGCAUGUGAUAUUCAACCGCCACAGAGUUCAAGGGUAAGGAAGAGGAUUGGGGAGGAGUUUGGAGGUGACGGCAAAAGAUGGGCACAGUGGGUUUAUGAGCGUGGCCUUGGGGUUUACGAGGAGUUUUUGGAGAGGGGGAGGAAGGUGGAUGGGAAAGCUGCCAGGAUGUGGAGGUAUAGUGUUGGUGACGAGGUGACACUUGCGGAUGUGUUUCUUGUACCUGCUGUGCAAGGCGCUUUAAGAGUUGGGCUUGAGAUCGAGAAAUGGCCGCUCGUGAAAGGGAUUGUGGAUGAGUGUUGGAAAUUAGAGGCUUUUCGAAAGGGUGGU